AUAAAAAAACCUAAUUCUUCAACUCCAAAUCACCUGUCUUUGGACUUUUACAAAAAUAUUGUUAGAGAAAAAAAAAUGGAAGAAAGUAAAAGAAAUUUAUUAGACGAAGAAGCUAAAGCUUCUCUAGACAUAUGGAGAUAUGUAUUUGGGUUUGCAGAUAUAGCAGCUGCAAAGUGUGCCAUUGAUCUUAAGAUACCAGAAGCCAUUGAAAACCAUCCUUCGUCACAGCCCGUGACACUAGCCGAGCUCUCCUCCGCAGUUUCUGCCUCUCCGUCACAUCUCCGCCGUAUAAUGAGGUUUCUUGUGCACCAAGGAGUCUUCAAAGAAGUCCCCACAAAAGAUGGUUCAGCCACAGGCUACAGUAACACGCCACUCUCUCGCCGCAUGAUGAUCACAAAACGUGACGGCAACUCUCUGGCUCCUUUUGUUCUCUUCGAAACAAAUCCCGUGAUGCUCGCUCCAUGGUUGAGACUGAGCUCAGUCGUCUCUUCUCCGGUCAACGGUUCACAUCCCCCACCGUUCGAUACGGUGCACGGUAAGGAUGUGUGGGCUUUCGCAGAGGAUAAUCCAUGCCUCAGCGAUAUGAUCAAUGAGGCCAUGGCUUGUGACACUAGGCGCGUAGUGCCACGUGUAGCCGGAGCUUGUCAUGACUUGUUUGACGGCGUAGCCACGGUAGUGGACGUAGGAGGCGGUACCGGGGAGACGAUGGGAAUAUUGGUUAAGGAGUUUCCUUGGAUCAAAGGAUUUAACUUCGAUCUUCCUCAUGUUAUCGAAGUUGCUCAAAUCUUGGAUGGUAUUGAGAAUGUUCGAGGCGACAUGUUUGGUUCUAUUCCAAAAUGCGACGCCGUCUUCAUUAAGUGGGUGUUACACGAUUGGGGAGAUAAAGAUUGCAUAAAAAUAUUGAAAAACUGCAAAGAAGCGGUCCCACCAAUGAUCGGUAAAGUGUUGAUAGUGGAAUCUGUGAUCAGAGAGAAGAAAAAGGCGAUGAUAGUGGAAGAAAGAGACGAGAAGUUAGAGCAUGUGAGAUUGAUGCUUGACAUGGUGAUGAUGGCUCACACAAGCACAGGCAAAGAACGGACUUUAAAAGAGUGGGACUUUGUUCUUAACGAAGCUGGUUUUGCUCGAUAUGAAGUUAGGGACAUCGAUGAUGUUCAAUGUGUUAUCGUCGCGUAUCGGUCUUAG